AUGUCGCCUCUGGAAUGUUCUGAGUGUUUUGGUGACCACCUUAUGCAUAGGACCUAUACGUGGCACCUCACAUUGCAUUCGAGGCCACAUUUUGUGAGAAAGAGUGAUACCAGAUCUGAAUGCCUAGAAAUCCCAAUCAAUGUGGUCCUGCCUCAGAGGGGAGCCACUGAGCCCUCCCUGAGGCUCCACAACCUGUACAGCACUCCUCGCUGCUCCAGGCAGGCUGCCUUGCCCCGGAGGGUAGCCAGCCAGCACUCCUACCCGCUCAACCGCUUCUCUUCCGUGCCUUUCGACCCGAUGGAGCGCCCCACCUCCCAGGCUGACUUGGAAUUGGACUACAACCCUCCCCGGGUGCAGCUCAGCGACGAGAUGUUUGUCUUCCAGGAUGGGCGGUGGGUGAACGAGAACUGCCGCAUGCAGUCGCCUCACUUCUCUCCCUCCUCCUCCUUCCACCAUAAGCUGCACCACAAGAGGCUGGCCAAGGAGUACCUGCUGCAUGAAGAGAACAAGUCUCUCCGGGAUGAGAACCGGGCCCUGAGGGAUGAGAACAGGGCCCUCCGCAAGGAGAACAAGAUACUACAGAUCUUUUGGGAAGAGCACAAGGCUACUUUGGGUCAAGAGGAGAGCCAGACGACCUCACCGUUGCUGCACAAGGACACAGCCUCCCAGGAAGCGAUGAAGAAAGACGCCACUUCGCCCAUCCAGCGCAGCAAGGAGAACACCCUACAUCUCAUUCGAGAGGAGAACCGGGCCCUCCAGCAGUUGCUGGAGCAGAGGCAAGCCUACUGGGCCCAGACAGAUGAGAAUGCAACUUCCGCUGAGGAAGGCAAGCACACCUCCUCAUCCAAGGAGGAGCCCCAAAACUCAGGGCUACUGCCGGACCAGAGCCCAGGCCUCUCCUCCCCGUUUGAGGAGCCCAAAGGGCCAGCCGCCACACAGGAGGACUCGAAGAUGCUGCGAGCCCUGAGGGAGAUGAUUAACAACUUGUCUGGGUCAUCUGGGGAUGAGGAGGGCAAGGUGGGCCCCAUCCUGGCUGAUAGCGGGCAGCCGCUGCAGCUGCUGAGAGAGAUGAGCCAGGCGCUGCAGGCCCUGCGGGAGGAGAACCGGCUGCUGCAGGAGGAGAACAGGGCCCUGCACGUCCUGCGUGAGGAGCACCACGCCUUCCAGGAGGAGGAGAAGGCCCUGUGGGAGAACAACAAGUUGAAGCUGCAGCAGCGGCUGGUCAUCGACACGGUGACUGAGGUCACAGCCCGGAUGGAGAUGCUUAUUGAGGAGCUGUAUGCCUUCAUGCCAGCCAAGAACAACAAGGAUCCCAAGAAGCCCAGCAGGGUCUGA